AUGUCUAGGCAAUUAGAACCACUUAGUGUGGGAGGAGUGAUAGGAGAAGUUGUUGACAUUUUUAAUCCAAGUGUAAAAAUGAAUGUUACAUAUUCAACCAAGCAAGUUGCAAAUGGUCAUGAGUUAAUGCCUUCUAUUGUUAUCAACAAACCUAGGGUUGACAUUGGUGGUGAUGACAUGAGGUCUGCUUAUACUCUGAUCAUGACAGAUCCAGAUGCUCCUAGUCCUAGUGAUCCAUAUUUAAGGGAACAUCUUCACUGGAUGGUGACAGAUAUUCCAGGUACCACAGAUGUCUCAUUUGGAAAGGAGAUGGCUGAGUAUGAGAAUCCGAAACCAGUAAUAGGAAUUCAUAGAUAUGUCUUCAUCUUGUUCAAGCAAAGAGGGAGACAAACAGUGAGAGCUCCGAAUUCUAGAGACCAGUUCAGCACAAGGAGAUUCUCUCAGGAGAAUAACCUUGACUUACCUGUUGCUGCAGUUUACUUCAAUGCUCAAAGAGAAACUGCCGCAAGAAGGAGAUGA